GCGGCACAGGGUGUCGUCCCCUCCCUGGUGACGUUCUUCCGUUCCCUGGAGCUGCUGGACGCUACGAUGGAGGAUUAUGUGGAGGGCAAUGUGCUCAACUGUCGGAAAUGGAAUGAGCAAUUCAAACUGAUGGACGAGAUCGAGCUGCUCCAGGAGGCUGCAAAUCUGUACACCGUGCAGCCCGACGAGCACUUUGGGGCCUGGUUCCAGGCCGUGGAGCCCCUGAGCAAGGAGGAGAGCUACAGCCUGUCCUGCCAGCUGGAGCCCCGAUACCACUGGGUCAGAAAGAUUCGACUCUUCUUCAAAGGCAAGAAGAACCGCUCAGGCCAGAACACCAGACCCCCAACCAAGGGCCCAGUGGUGGUGGUCGAUGACCCUCCUGAGACCAGCUGAGCUACAGCGGGGACACAGCAUUGACACUCAGGGUGCACAGGGCCACCUCCCCUGAUUCUGAUGAGGAGAACUUUGUGAUCCGUUUCUUGGGGUCCCCUGUUGGCCACGAGAGAAGGCACCAACCCCUCUUCCCCCUCCCCCCUUUUGCCCAGCACCUAUUUCCCUAUUUGGCGGGGCCAUAUUUUGUUGUCAAUGGUAAAUGCUCCGUUUGAGUAUUAUAUUAAAUUGUUGCUUCUUUCUAAUCCUGGGAGUGGAGGUGUGAGUCUUUCGCUCGCAGCACUCAUGGAAACCAGAUCCAGAAACUCACAUUCCUCCUCGAAUUUAGAAAUCUCCCAGAGUGAGCGGCUCAGUUUAUGUGGAGAAGGGAGAAGUGCCAGUCCCCUCCCUGGCUACUGAAGGACUUGCCCAAGUGCCCCU